UUUUUUUUCUUCUUAAUAAAUCAGGUCAUGCUAUUGGCGGGCACUGAUACAUCAGCAGUGACACUGGAAUGGGCAUUGUCCAAUCUACUUAACAAUCCGCACGUGUUAAAAAAAGCUAAAGCUGAGCUUGAUGCUCAACUUGGCCAAGAAAACUUAGUGGAUGAACCAGACCUGUCCAAACUACCCUACCUACAAAGUAUCAUCUCAGAGACCCUCCGUUUAUGUCCGGCAGCUCCGUUGCUUGUCCCACAUCUUUCGUCCGAGGAUUGUGUUAUUAGCGGAUUCGAUGUGCCACGUGACACAAUGGUAUUGAUCAAUGCAUGGGCUCUGCAUAGAGAUCCUGAACUAUGGGAUGAUCCAGAAAGCUUCAUGCCUGAGAGGUUUGAAAAUGGUGAUAAUUUUUCCCACAAACUCCUGCCGUUUGGACUCGGAAGAAGGGCUUGCCCUGGGGUAGGCUUGGCGCAACGUGUAGUGGGCUUGACUUUGGGGUCAUUGAUUCAGUGCUUCGAGUGGGAGAGAGUUAGUGAGAAGGAAAUUGACAUGACUGAAGAUAAGGGACUCACCAUGCCUAAAGCUGUUCCAUUAGAGGCCAUGUGUAAACCGCGCUUGAUUGCGAGGAAGGUUCUAUCUUGAUGUAUGAAUAUAAUAAUAGUAAUAAUUGUUGUGUUAUCAAAAUACUUGGAACAGAUAGUUUAUGUCUUCCAAUAAAUUCCAUUUGACUAGUGAUCCGUUUUGGGUUCAACCAUUUCUCUCUUUGAA